CUGCGUAUCGUUUUCUUUAAUUUUCCCGGUGAAUGGUUAGUAAACACAUGGCUUGUAAGGUUACUUUUGUACGGUUUUGUUCUGUACUUCACGGAUUUAAUGUUAUUGCAUAUGAAUUUAAAUUUGUUCAACGUGCUCCAAUGAGUUUCCUAACCAAUAAACGUCUCGAGCGUUGCAAGGAAAUGUGUGAAGCGGAACGUAUUUCUGUGUAAAUUAAAUUGCAAAAGUGAUAUUGAAACAUGUAUCCUGUCGAUUUGACGAACGCGGUUACACGGCCAGCCGCUGGCGAGAGUAAAAAGGUGUUUUUGGACGACGCCGAGUUGGACAAGAUCGCUAUGUUUCUCGUCGACCAGAAACGCUUUCGAGAAAAUAUUAUAAUUCCCACAUUGCUGGGACCAGUAAAAAUAAAGACCAACGAGGAGAAGAGAAUAGAAAGUGUGAUGGAAAGUUGCGCAUUCAAAAGCUUCAUGAGUUGUGUUCUUGGAUAUGGUUUAGGAGCGGCUAUUGGAUUAUUCUCUUCUAGCGUAAAUCCUAAUCUGACGAGCGUCGAGAAGCAGCAAAGCGCACGGGAAAUAUUAAGAGAGAUGAAGACCACGACGCUCGGCUACGCGAAAAAUUUUGCUGUUAUCGGAUGUCUAUUUUCUGGCAUUGAAUGUGCAAUCGAAUCGUAUAGGGGUAAAACUGACUGGAAAAACGGCACGUACGCGGGUGGUGUGACGGGUGGACUAAUUGGCUUAAGAGCCGGUGUAAAAGCAGGUGUAGUCGGUGCUGCGGGUUUUGCGGCAUUCUCAACGGCGAUAGACUAUUACAUGCAUAGGUCUUAA